AUGGGCGCUGACUUCAACGGUCCCGCCAAGGGCAAAGGCGUAGUCGGAAAACGGGUCGCGGGCCUCAUCUCCUUUCUCACUCGGCAACUCGACAGGGUCGUUAGCCCCGAUACGCGCCAGACGGCGUACAGUGCCGUGUAUGAUUUCGCCCAGGAACGUCCCCUACUUGCGUCCUUCCUCUUCACCCAACUCCUCUUCUCCUUCAUCCCCGUUCUCCUGUUCCUCACCUUCAUCCUCUCCACGGCCGCAUUCGCCUUUGGCGUCGCCCUGGUCUUCACCCUGUUCUGGGCCGGCGUCGCUCUCCUUGUUCUCGUGCCAACCAUUUUCCUGACCGCCUCCGUUGCUGUUAUCGCUUACGUUUGGGCCCUGUCGAGCUACCUACUUGCCCGCCAGGUGUACAGCUGGGUGCCUAGGGGCGAUGGCCAGGCUGGGGGAGAUAGCCACCAGAGCGUUUUGGCCGGCCAAGGUGGUGUACAGGUGGGCAAUGGAGGUGUUGCGAAGUAUGAGAGCGGAGUUGGGAAUCCUGGUUAUGGUACAGUUAAGAUUGGGAAUGAGUUGUAG